UUACAAUCGUUUCUUAAAAAUUUGAUGGCGUGUUUUGUUUUCUUAAAUUUAAAUGUUGUAAAUUACGUACUGAGCGAAAAUGAGCGGCAGAGAUACCCUAUUCUUGAGUGAAUAUUUCAGAAAAAGAUCGAAUCUGGCAGUUGAUAUAAAACGGUUUGAAUCGGCAACUGUUGGCACUGCUACGAAGCGUAAGUAUUCUGAAGUAGAAGAGGCAGUAAAAAAGUUGAAAAUAGUGGCAUCUGCUAACAAACGUCACUGGCAGACGAGGCCAGGCGGCUCGAAAAAUGUUAAGAAACGCUUCAAAGAAGGGGGUGAUAAUCAUCAAAACCGUAAUCCUGCCCCCGACCCUGCCAACGGUGCUUGCAGUCAAAUAAUCAUUGAUGAUGACGACGACGACGAUAAUGAUUGUUGUCAUGUUCAGUUGGCUUAUAAAAUGUCAUUGAAGUUGGAGAGCAUGGCACUGUUCAACAAAUGUCUUUCGUGCACCAGCUGCAUGUUAGAGGAAGAGGCAUGUGUCAUACAUAUGCUGGGCUCCGACAAAGAAGUGAGAAUGAGGUACAGAGACUUGGCGAAAGUGGAGCUGAAAAACUACAGCCGAUUCAAGAUUCAACUCUUCAUCAAAUCCAAGAACAACAACAAGAACGACAACAGUGUUUGUAAAUUAAUAAACAACAACAAAAAUGUCACAACUGCUCAAGAGGAUGAUGAUUUUGAUCUUUUUCAUUAUUUGAAAGUGAAAGUUUUUGAGUUGGAGCCUUGGUACCCGACUUCGAUUGGCUCGCACCAACCACGGACCAUCCAGCUGACAGUGCAGGGGUUGGAGUCGGAAUCUGCUGUCGGUCAGUUCAUCGGGCAGUUCAGCAGAUUAAUAAAUGAGGCCAACACGGUCGGCAAGUUUUCACCUGUCAAUUCAAAUUUUAAUAAAACCCUGUUAGAUUAUAUAAAUGAAGAUGACGAUGAUGAUGAAACAAGUAGUAAUAAUAAUGAUAAUAACAAUAACCUACCCCCAUCGUCCCCUGUUGUUUGUGGCAUCAAUGGGGACAACGACAAGAAUGAUGAAUGCAAGAACUUGCAUCAUAUCAAUAGGAAUAAAAAGAACAACAACCAUGAAAAUAAUAAUAAUUAUUAUGGUGGUGAUGGUAAAACACGGAAAAGAAAUGGCGAGGAUAAUUUAAAUUGUAAUGAUGAUGAUUGUUUCACCACGAAAGUUUUAGUUGAAGAUCCUAGCAUUUCGAAAGAUGGAGGGAGGAAGGAGCGAAACAUCAGCAAGAGUCCAUUAAAAAGCGAGGCACCAUCAACUCGAGAAGAGCUGCCGUCGAAACGAGAAGCACGGACGACAGUUGAUCUAUCGUCCCCCAUACACGAAGAUGGCGGUGUCCUCAGUGAUGAUGGUGACGAUGAAGGUGACGUCACCAUUCUUCACUCACCGUCUGUAAAGAAGAAACAUUUCAAAAAAGAUGACGACGAUGGCCCUGCUGUUUCAACCUCUCCCAAGAAGAGCAAUGAAUCCGGUCUGCCUGUUGAUAACUUUUAUCCAAAAAUUAGACCAGCAUCAUCCAAGAUGUCCCCCUACUCACCAACACCACCACCACCACUUAUCGUCUUAGCGCCAACAUCGAGGUCCUUGCAACCAUCAAGGAAACAGCGGGGAGCCAAAUUCAAAUGUUGUCAGUGCCAGACGGUGAUGGACGUCUCACAGACGUGUGCCAGGAACAUGACAAGAUGUAAGCAGGCCAAGAUGAAGUGCAGUGCAUGCAAGGGGGAAAAUGACAGACAGGGUAAAAGUGAUGAUAACCUAAAAAUUGACAGACUGUUUAUGAGUAUUAAGAGCGACGAAAUGGACGUGGAGGAAGAUGUUGAGGUGUACCAUCCAUCUGACGAUGUACAGGGUGAACCAGUCAAACUCGUCUCCUACCCACCCCCUCCGUCUGUCGGCAGGAUCACCGUGACCUCGCAUGACCUCAUGUGCUUGAACCCCGAACAGUGCCUCAACGACGUCUGCAUCGACUUCUACCUCAAAUACCUACAGAACGAGUUGCUAUCUGACAGGGACCGCCAGCGAACUCACAUCUUCAGCUCCUUCUUCUACAGUCAUCUCACGUCUGACCUCGGCAGCAAGAAGCACAACAAAACCGACAAGAAAAAUAAUGACCACAACUCGUUACGAGCAAUCGAGAGGCACAGUAAGGUCAAGAACUGGACGAGGAGCGUGGACGUCUUCAGUAAGGACUUCCUCAUCGUGCCCAUCAACCAGAAUUUCCAUUGGUUCCUGGCCAUCGUCUGCUUCCCUGGCCUCUGUGCAUCUGCCCUCCGUCUUAACAGGAAUAUCGAAAACUUGUCCCGCGAUGUUUAUACUGCAGCUACGAAUAAUAAUAAAAAUAAUAAUAAUAAUAAUCCAAAUGAUAAGAUUAAUAGUUUAACAUUUAAAAAUGCCAAUUUGAAUAAUAAGAAUAAUAAUAAAAAAAAUAUAAAAGUAUUAAAUGAGGCACGAACCAAUGAGAAUGUUUCGCCGACGGUUAAAAAAACUACAGAUGAGGUCAGGGCAAAAGUGAAGACUGCUCUGGAUUUCUUGGCUCUCUACUCUGAUUCGUCAGAGGAAGAUGAGAGGGAGGAGUCUACUACAAAGGUGAAGGAGAAGAAGAAGCAAGACCAUAAAAGUGACAAUGUUGAUGCUGCUAGUGAUGAGGGUGAUGAUGUUCAAGACGUAAAGAAUAGUGACAAUAAUAAUAAUAAUAACAACAAUAAUAACAAUAUUAAUAAUAAUAACAAUAAUGAUAAUGAUAAUAGUAAAAAUAAGGUAAGCAAUGCUGAAGAGGGGAAGUUCUCUGAUGCUGAUGACUUCACUGACGAUACCAUUAAAUGUCCGCUGAUCAUCGUGCUGGAUUCACUGGCUGGUGGUAAGCCGAGAUGGGAUGUUUCAACUAUCUUGAGAGAGUACCUACAAGUAGAGUGGAACCUGAAGAAGAGAGAUGGGCCGGGAGGGGUGAAGGGCAUGGACGGGGAGAAGAUCUUCCACAAGAUGAGCAUGAAGGGGUGUGUCCCACAGUGCCCCCAGCAGCACAACCUCUACGAUUGCGGCUCAUACCUGCUUCUAUACGUUCAAUCUUUUUUUCAGAAACCAAUCAGGAACUUUACACCGCCCAUCAAAGGCCUCAUCAGAUGGUUCCGUCCGACAGACGCCAGGGAUUUUAGGAUCAAGUACAAGAAUCUGAUCUUGCGGUUGAACCAGGAGCAGACGCGAUUAGCUGCUACAACGUCGUCUUCAUCGUCUCUGUUGUGAUUGUGUCUCUUGACUACUUGCCUGUUUGUCGUCGCUGACUUCCAUCGCUUCCACUGCUUCAAUGUUUAGCAGUGGCUUGAGAGUUGAAUCAGUUGGUUAGGUGGGGUGGUGUUGGUACGGUGAUGGUU